AUGAUAUAUUCAAAUAUUAGCCUUUCAUGUAUUGGAUAUCACAGUUAUAAACAAGUAUUAUAUCAAACUAGUAAAUUAAAUAAACAAAUUCAAGUAUUACUCACAAAAGCAGAUGUUGAUAAAACAGUAAUGAGUGCUGAUGCUAAUGAAGAGCUUGAGAAAAAGUAUAACCAAAAUCAAGAGAAAUUAAUAAAUGCACAAGCUAAGAAUGAAAAUCUUAAAGAACAAUUCUCAGCUUUGAAGUUAAAGAAAAAAGUUGAAUUGCAAUCUAAUGAACUCAAGCAAUCUCAAGAAAAAUUGUCAGUUUACAAGCAAAAUGAACAAGGAGCAUUAAUUAAUAAAUUGAAUUAUGAUUUGGAUUCUGCUAAAUGA